AUGCCUGUGAUUUAGAAUAGCUUCAGAACGUCCUCAGAGAGAAGGAUCACGUUGACAUUUCAUUGACUAGGAAGCUGUAUAAAAUGCCUGUCAGCACUGCAGGAGCUAUUUUACUGCGUCCAUGAUGUACAGGUUAGCAGCCUGUGUAGCAGUAAGUCUGAUCCUUGUUCCCCUUCUGUCUGUGUGUUCAGGUGAACAGUGUUUGUCUGGAGGACGUGAUGCAUGAGGAUGCAGUGGGAGCCCUGAAGAACACAGCCGAGGUGGUUUACCUCAGGGUGGCCAAGCCUAACAACCUCUACCUGAACUCCUACAACCCGCCAGACCUUACCAGCAGUAAGUGUUGUGUGUGUGUGUGUGUGUGUGUGUGUGUGUGUGUGUGUGUGUGUGUGUGUGUGUGUGUGUGUGUGUGUGUGUGUGUGUGUGUGUGUGUGUGUGUGUGUGUCUGUGAUCCUCUAAUGGUCCAUGUCUUCUUUCCCCAGCAUACUCCCCUCACAUGGACACAGAUCUUGGCCACCCCAGCUACCUUGGAUCAGAUUACCCACAAGCCCUCACUCCCACCUCACCCAGUCGCUUCUCUCCAGUGUUGCACAGCAUGAUGGGGGAUGAAGACCUUCCCAGGUGAGCAAAGCUUUCUGGGCAGACUCAAAUGCCAAAUCAACCAAUGGCCUUUCCAAAGGCCCCUCAUGGGGAUCAUAAAUGAUGGGCUUGGUGUGAAAAUUAAAAGCUCCUGGUGGAGGUAGAUUUGGUUAGCAUAGGCCUGACCCAGAGCUAACCAACUAUUAUUUUAUUUUUCUCUCUGCCUCUCUUUUUCUUGUGCCCCAAAAUGUGGUGUCCCCAUUUCACUCUCCAUUUACAUAUCUCUUUACCCUCAUGUUAUCUGCCCUUCUCCCUCCCCAUGUUAUCUCUCCCUCUUGUUAGUCUCCUCCUUCCCCUCCAUUUCUCCUCGUCUCUUCCUGACCCUCCAUCCCUCCCCUUCUCCCCUCCUCUCUCUGUCAGGGACCCUAGGAGAGUGCUGAUCCACAGGGGUUCUACAGGCCUGGGUUUUAACAUCGUGGGAGGAGAGGAUGGAGAGGGCAUCUUCAUCUCCUUCAUCCUGGCAGGGGGGCCUGCCGACCUGAGCGGAGAGCUGCGCAAGGGCGACCAGAUCCUCAGCGUAAGGACACACACACUCACACUCACACACUCACACACACACACUCACACACAAGUGGAUUCAUAUUCUGUACACACAGGAACACACUUACAUAUAUAAACAAACUCUCUAUCACUCUCUUUCUCAUGCACACAGACACACAGCUUCACACACACACUUCUCUGAGUGUUUAGGAUGUGUUAGUAUUAUGCUCUGUGUCCUGUGUUUGUGUGUUUGUGUGUGUGUGUGUGUGUGUGUGUGUGUGUGUGUGUGUGUGUGUGUGUGUGUGUGUGUGUGUGGUGUGUGUGUGUGUGUGUGUGUGUGUGCGUGUCAGGUGAAUGGAGUGGACCUGCGUAUCGCCACCCAUGAGCAGGCUGCAGCAGCCCUGAAGAACGCUGGCCAGACUGUCACCAUCAUCGCCCAGUACAGACCAGAGGGUGAGGCCAGCACUAGAGUAACCUACCACUGCACACAACACUGCAUCACCGUACGCGAAGGGACCAUACAUGUGCUAAUGUGUAUGUGUGUGUUCAGAGUACAGCCGUUUCGAAGCGAAGAUCCACGACCUGAGGGAACAGCUGAUGAACAGCAGCAUGGGUUCUGGCCAGACAACACUAAGGAGCAACCCCAAGAGAGGCUUCUACAUCAGGUACUCAUUAAUACUGUACUAUAUACAACCCCAAGAGAGGCUUCUACAUCAGGUACUCAUUAAUACUGUACUAUAUACAACCCCAAGAGAGGCUUCUACAUCAGGUACUCAUUAAUACUGUACUAUAUACAACCCCAAGAGAGGCUUCUACAUCAGGUACUCAUUAAUACUGUACUAUAUACAACCCCAAGAGAGGCUUCUACAUCAGGUACUCAUUAAUACUGUACUAUAUACAACCCCAAGAGAGGCUUCUACAUCAGGUACUCAUUAAUACUGUACUAUAUACAACCCCAAGAGAGGCUUCUACAUCAGGUACUCAUUAAUACUGUACUAUAUACAACCCCAAGAGAGGCUUCUACAUCAGGUACUCAUUAAUACUGUACUAUAUACAACCCCAAGAGAGGCUUCUACAUCAGGUACUCAUUAAUACUGUACUAUAUACAACCCCAAGAGAGGCUUCUACAUCAGGUACUCAUUAAUACUGUACUAUAUACAACCCCAAGAGAGGCUUCUACAUCAGGUACUCAUUAAUACUGUACUAUAUACAACCCCAAGAGAGGCUUCUACAUCAGGUACUCAUUAAUACUGUACCAUAUACAACCCCAAGAGAGGCUUCUACAUCAGGUACUCAUUAAUACUGUACUAUAUACAACCCCAAGAGAGGCUUCUACAUCAGGUACUCAUUAAUACUGUACUAUAUACAACCCCAAGAGAGGCUUCUACAUCAGUUACUCAUUAAUACUGUAAUAUAUACAACCCCAAGAGAGGCUUCUACAUCAGGUACUCAUUAAUACUGUACUAUAUACAACCCCAAGAGAGGCUUCUACAUCAGGUACUCAUUAAUACUGUACUAUAUACAACCCCAAGAGAGGCUUCUACAUCAGGUACUUGUUAAUACUGCACUAUAUACAACCCCAAGAGAGGCUUCUACAUCAGGUACUCGUUAAUACUGCACUAUAUACAACCCCAAGAGAGGCUUCUACAUCAGGUACUCAUUAAUACUGCACUAUAUACUAUAUGCAACCCCAAGAGAGGAUUCAACGUCAGGUACUAAUUAAUACUGUGUUGUAUACUAUAUACAAUCCCACAAUGACACAACACUGCUACUACCAGGCUAGUACAGCACUGUGAACACCUCAGAGCACGACAACCCACUACACCUCAAAGAAUGGCUGUAUCUACUUUUAUAACUUUGUCUUCUACCUUUCCUCUCCCAUGGUCUCCUCUCCUCCGUCUGUCCCAGGGCCCUGUUUGACUAUGACAAGACAGCAGACUGUGGUUUCCUGAGCCAGGCGGUGGGCUUCAGGUUUGGUGACGUGCUCCAUGUCCUGGACUGUGGUGAUGAGGAGUGGUGGCAGGCCAGACGGGUCAGCCCCCAGACAGACGUUGAGGAGGUCGGCUUUAUUCCCAGCAAACGCAGGUCAGACACCUCACAGCACUGCCUGUCUCUGUGUGAUGGGGUGUGUGUGUGUGUGUGUUGUGUGAAUGUGUAUUUCAAUCAGCUUUUUUCUGUUUUUUCCGUCUGCAUGGGGAAUUGCGUAGACAGCGUGAUUGAUGCUGUAUUCUAUGGUUAUGUAUUCUAUGAUUGAUGCUGUAUUCUAUGGUUAUGUAGCAGAUCUUUCACUUCCAACCUUUCACACUCCUUUUUUCCCCUCUGCUGCUCUCUUUCUCUCCCUCUGCCUUUUACUGCCUCCUUUCAUUCCCAACCCCUUCAGGGUAGAAAGGAAAGAGUGGUCUCGCAUGGGCACCAAAGAGAGGGUAAGCACAUAAGUUAGUGAGAUUCUAUGAAUCAUUUUACACCAAUGUCUUCCUCUGUCUCUCUGUCUAAACAGCUGUUUUCUCUGUGUUGUGUAGGAUCGCAGUCGGGACAGCCUCGGAUCUCAAGGUAAGCAGCCGUAGAGGAGGAGAUUGGCUCAGCCCUCAGUAGAGGUAGAAUGACACGGUGAUCAGAUGAUCAGUAGCUACUGACUGACUGACCAGCUAACUAACUGUCGGACUGACUGGCUGGUGUUGUUGUGUUCUGGUUUCAGGGAGAGAUGAUUCUCAACACAGCUAUGAAACAGUCACACAAGUAGAGGGUGAGAAUAGACUUUCAAGUACUAUUUUAUUCACUUUAUACUUCUAUGUACUCCUUAUUUAUUCCGUCUUACCUGUCUCUCUCUCUCUCUCCAUAUAGUGCAUUAUGCCAGGCCCAUCAUAAUAUUGGGUCCCAUAAAGGACAGGGUAAAUGAUGACCUGCUGUCAGAGUUCCCUGACAAGUUUGGAUCUUGUGUCCCUCGUAAGUAUUGACCCGUCAAAGAUUAACCAUUUCCCUGCUCACCCAAUUGGUUUACGUUGAUCUAUUGACAGGGUGAUUGAUUGACAGCCUGACUGAUCGCUUGGCCCCUCCCCCACAGACACCACACGGCCCAAGCGGGAGUACGAGGUGGACGGGCGGGACUACCACUUUGUGUCGUCACGGGAACAGAUGGAGAAGGACAUCCAGAGCCACCGCUUCAUCGAGGCGGGCCAGUACAACAGCCACCUGUACGGCACCAGCGUCCAGAGUGUCCGCGAGGUGGCAGAGCAGGUACAGCAUAGAUGACAUCCCCCAUAGAGAUACAGUAUAUUAUCAUUAUGUUAUUAAUAUGAUAAUAUAUUAUUUAUAAUGGGUUUAGAUGAGAGGGAUGAUACAUUAGGCCGCUAUACAUCAUUUAACAUGGUCACAACAACAGCUGUUGUACUGUAUUGAUUGGCUUAAGAAGUGUAAAAGGAUCUGGCUGAUUGAAUCCCCUACUCCCUCCCUCCCUACCUCCCUCUGUUCUCUCCCUGCCCUCCUCCCUCCUUCCCUACCUCCCUCUGUUCUCUCCCUCCAUCUCCCUCCCCUCCUUCCUCUCUCUCCAUCCAUCUCUCCCUCCUCCAUCUCUCCCUCCCCUCCUUCCUCUCUCUCCCUCCCCUCAUCAUUCCCUUUCCCUCCUGUGCUGUGUGAGUAGCAGGGGAAACAUUGUAUACUGGACGUGUCGGCCAAUGCUGUCCGCAGACUACAGGCCGCUCAGCUGCACCCCAUCGCCAUCUUCGUCCGGCCCAAGUCACUGGAGAAUGUCCUGUAUGUACACACUUACACACACACAUAAACACAAAGUAUAGACAUAGUCACACACUAGCUAUCUGACUUGUGUUGAUUGGUGAUUGUGUGUGUUGUUGUUGUGCAGAGAGAUCAACACUCGUCUGACAGAAGAGCAGGCCAGGAAGGGCAUGGACCGUGCUCUCAAACUGGAACAGGACUUCCUAGAGUGCUUCUCAGGUAACACUUUGGGCUGUAAUUCCAUUAAUUAACCUUUUACCGCAGUGGGUUAAAUCAGGGUCACAGAGUGAUUCUUGGUAGUCUUAAACAAUUCUACUUUGAAACAAAAGUAUACACCUUGUCACGGUUUCGGCCGAGGCUGCUCCUCCUCCUUGUUCGGGCAGGCUUCGGCGGUCGUCGUCCCCGGAGUACUAGCUGCCACCGUUCGAUGUUUCAUGUUUGUUUGGUUUUGUCUGUUUGUACACCUGUCCCUUGUUAGUGUUUGAUUUGGUUGCCUAUUUAGUUUUCGUGUGUGGGGGCAGGUGUUAUGUGGUAUUGUUUAUUUGUCAAGCUGUUGCUCUUUGGUAUUACUCUCAGGAUUGUUGUUUUUCCGAGAGUCCGCACUGUGUGCGCUAUCGUCAUUUUUACGCACUGUGUGUAUUGUGCGUACUUUGUAUUUUGCCUCCCGGUUGGGUUGGCUGUUCGCCUGUUUGGUGCUGUUAUUUUUGUUACUAAAGUCUGUUGACGAACGCCCGUGUUUCCUGCGCUUGAUUCCUCACCGCAUCUACACUCAGCUACUGACACACCUCACACACAUGGUUAUGGGCUUUAAAAAAAUAAGGCACCUGUACCAUGUCAGAUAUAGAGUUGAAAUUGAAAUAUAACAGAACUGUUUGACAACAGAUUUUCAUUGUAAAAAAUAAAUAAAAAUGUUAUUAAUGUUAUAUUUACAACAAUCCUCCCAUGAGUCCAAAGAGGGUGCUUUCGGUCAUUAAUUGCAGGAUAGGACUACGCUGGAACGUGUUGACCUAAUUCUCCUCUGACUUGAUCUUGAUGUUGGCUCAUAGUUCCUUCCACACACAGAAAGACACAUAUCUGACUCUCUCUCUCUCCCCCUCUCUCUCUCUCUCUCUCUCUCUCUUCAUCUCUUCCUCUCUAUGUCUCCCUCUCCCUCACCUUACCUCUUCCCCCUCUCCAGCUGUGGUGGAAGGCGACAGCUUCGAGGAGGUUUACCACAAGGUGAAGACGGUGAUCGAAGAGCAAUCGGGGCCUUACAUCUGGAUCCCCACACGGGAGAGGCUGUGAGGCUGCCCCCUAACCCACCUCCACCCCCUAAACCACCCUCAGCCAGUCUGCCCUCCAGCCCAACCAGCGCUCAGAGAGACAGAGAGAGACACAGAGAGACACAGACAAACACUAAGGCAGAGACAUACACACACACACACACAGGGGGGGACGUGAAGAGAGACACACAGAAUAAUAUUAAAAGAGAGACACAGGAAUAAAAACACAGAGAGACAGGUAAGGACAGUAUUUCAUCAGUAUUCAUAUAUAAUCAAUGUGUUAUGAGUACUGAGAGAGACUGGAGAGGGGUGACCCAGUUGGGCGUGGCAGGGAAGGGCGGGGGGCGUCCCCAGGAUAAGCACAGGGUAACGGAUCCGCCAUCUCCCCCUCUCCGUCUCCCUCAGUCUCAUUGGCUGCCUUUGACAUCCCCACUGACAAACAGGCGGGCAAAACCAUCAGCAGCCCUCUGAUCCCUCCUUUUUUAUAUCCCUUAGCCUUCUCUCCUCCUCCUGUCAACUCUCUCUCCAUUCAGGACAUGA